AUGAAGGCUGAGAAAUUUCUUGUUGAUCUUCACAGCUUCAAGUUCUAUAUCCUAUGUCGCCAAUACGAGGAUAUCGUAAAUUGGGUAUCUGCCACGUCAAUCGCAAUACAAUCAGAUCAUGACGGGUCAUCCAUUAUUGACGCUACCAAGCAGAUAAAACGGUUGAAAAUGAAAUUAACUUCUAUGGAACUUCGCGGCGGUCCUGCAGAGCGAGAAGCGCUCGAUGCUUAUGACAGGGGCGACCUAAAUUGCACUCCGCUUCCGUUCCGUUUUACCAGACACGAAGAUGGUGGACAAACGAAGGCAAUACGCAUUACUUGUAAAAGGCGUGAAACACCGACCGCCAGACUCCUGGAACACGAGGAAAGCGUGGUUUUUCAUUCUGCAGAGGAAACCAUCAUCCAGAGAUCCCAAACAACAAGAUCGCAGUGCAUAAGAAAUCUGCGUGAUUGCCUGGACGAGCGAUUUACAGAAAUAGAAGAACAAGAAAACAUUUUGAGUAAGUUAUCAUGGCUGAACCCUGAAAUCUUGAUGUCGGAUGGCGGGAUUAAUGCGUCCGUCCCUGAAUAUGGCAAUCAAGAUCUUUCACAAGUCUUUGAGUACUUCAAAGUACCUCUACAGGCAGCUGAGAAUGGUAGAGAUUGUCUCACUGAUUGGCGAUCACAUCUCGGACACAAUAUGAUAAAAGAUCUUCUAUUAAUUGCCACGCGAAAAGAACAGUUCGAAGACGGGGCCAUUCGAGAAAAUCUGGUCAACAAGGCUUCCGCCCGAUUUAUGGGAAGCGAUGGGACGUCUGAACGAGGUCUCGUGAAACAACGUAUAAAUUCAAUUUUAGGGGGGUUGAAAACGGCAAAGCCCAGCUUGGUACAACCUCAACUAAUAAACAUCGACGAUAGCUCGUCGGAAGAAGACUAA